CCAAUUGUACCCCCAGGGCUCAGUUGCUCAAGAGCAGCUGUGCGAUUCAGACCAUGGAGAAUUAUCUCUUGUCUCUGAAGAGCAUUGUGGCUUGUGGGCUGUGCUCCUACUACAGUGGCUGGGUGAUGGAUACCAUCAUGGCCAUUGUGUAUGGUGUGUGGCUCUUCUUCCUGCUGGUUCCCUGCCCCCAGUGUAUGCUAUCCUUAACACCACCUCGGAGGAAGAGAAACUCCACGAAGCGUCAUAAGCAGCUGAAGGGGAGUGACAGAAGCAGAAAGAAACACAGAGCUUUGAAAGCUUGCAGAGAUUGUCUGCAAGUACUGCAAGAGGUUCGAGAACUGAUUUCACUUCUGUAUAGUCACCUGAGGAGGCACCCUGAAAAAUGCAGCUCCCAUCAGUCUUUAGGUCAAGACCCCCCAGGCAAGGUGUGGGAAGAUGCACCUGCUGGAGUUCUGCAGCAUCCCAGGAAGUGUGUGGAAGAUGCGACUCCUGCUGUAUCCCUGUCAGCUUCCCCCAUUUCUCUCACCUCCACAAAGGCACCAGGACCUAUGUUUUCCUCGCCUACUAUUACUUCACUGUCAUCUCUAAGUGUGUCUGAGACUCCAGAACCUUCUCCUCCCCUGGAGUGCCCUUCCCUCCAACCACCAUCAUUUUCACCUCAACCCUCAGCUCCCCCUGAAUCAGAGGCCUGGCCUCCAUCUCCGAAGGCUGCUUCUGGCUGCCCUCAUCCAGACACUACCCUGACUUGUCCUCAGUGUGGCUCAAAAGCACUCCCAAUGGGCACUGCCCGGUACUCUCCUCCACGUACCCCUUGGCCGCCUUCUGUCCGAACCCUCUCAGGCGUAGGACGCUCAACCCAUCCUAUUUCAUCUGAGUCCUGGGGGCAGACAACUGCCAAAGACUUGAGACUUUCAGCCUCAUCACAACCUAAGUCACGGCCCGAGCCCCUUUCUAACCCUUCCCAAAAGGACUCAUUCCGGGGGGACACUAGAAACCCAUGGGUGGAGACUGGUAGCCCUCCUUUCAGCCCUGAUAUUCAAGAGCUUCUGAAGAUUCUAAUCAACAAGCAAGUGGAGCUGAAAUUGCGGAAGGAGAAAGAAGAGAUAAAGGUGUCAAGACAGUCACCUAUUUGGGGGGGUACUCCCAAGCCAAUAUUCACAAGCAGAAAGUCAUGGUCUCCUAUGUUCCUCAAUCAAGACAGAGAAAUCAGAGCAGCUGCUGGGUCCUAAAAAGCCGCUUUCAGAAGAAGUGAAGUCGGCUCUGUUGGUGUCUCCCCUAUCGUCACAGGGAGUCCCUAAUGGCUCCUAUCAGGGUUUCUGUGUCCCCAAAAAUAUAUUACUCUCUCUUAU